AUGUUCGUUUCCUUGGCGGACCUCACGCAGGAUCAAAGGCAAGUUCUCACAUCGCUGAUGGUCUUUUGCACUACCAAGACUUCCGUCGACAAUCCUCUACUCGCUCCAUCAGGAAAUGCCGGCAGGAAGACCUUCCGCGUCAUCGAGGAAGGAUAUCUAGAAAACUCAGAAGGUUUCUGGGUUGAAGAUGAAGAAGACAGGGCCGAAGGAUUCCUGGAGCUCGAUGAGGACACCUUUUGGGUGUACGACGACGUCUCAGCAGCUUGGUUUCAAAGACGCUUCCAAGGUAGAAGGAUGAGACGUGGCAAAGGUGAGGCCGUGGAGGCCACCGAGCCUGGCUGGGAUGAUCAAUCCUGGCAAGAGCCCCAGCAAGACGAGUCCUAUGCAGCCAAAGGCAAGGGAAACAAAGGAAAGAAGGGAAAAGGCAAGGGCAAGUGGAGCAAGGAUGGCAAGGGAGACGGUAAAGACGGCCAUGCUCACGUUGCCACUGAUGCCUCACAACCUUCUUCCUCCUUUACGGCGACUAAGGCUUCGACCUUCUGCUGCACGCAUAAUCUUUCAGAUCUUCCAGAAGUUCUCAGUGGAGAGUUGGUAAAGGCCCCAGAGCCUUCUAUAGAAGCCUGUCUGAUGGCCUCUCCAGAUGACGAGAUGUCCUAUCUCGCACGUGCUCUGACUCCCACUUCCAUGGUUUUGGACUUGG